AUGGGUCUGUUCUCCUCCCCUACCUUGCUUCCUGACGCUUCGGCGUAUGCAACCGCUGCCAACUUGGCACCUCAGACCGUUGAGGAGGCUCAAAAGGCGAAGAGCUACGACUUCAUCGUCUGUGGAGGUGGCACAGCCGGCUGCGUCAUCGCCAGCCGCCUUUCCGAGGAUCCCAACACCUCAGUGCUCGUCCUCGAGGCCGGUGGUAACAAUGACGCCCUCGAAGUCAAGGCACCCCUGAUCUUCACCAAGAAUUUCAAGACCGAGCGAGACUGGGAUUACACCACCACUCCCCAGGCUGCGGUGCUCAACCAGGAGAUGCAGUGGCCUCGCGGCAAGCUCCUUGGUGGCUCUUCGUCCAUCAAUGCCAUGAUGUACCACCAUUGCGCUCCUUCCGACUACGACGAGUGGAGCGAAAAGUUCAACUGCAAGGGCUGGUCUUACAAGGAGCUUUUGCCAUUCCUCAACCGCGCUGAAAAGUACACGCCGCACGCUUCGCAGCCCGACGUCAAGGCCGAAGAGCGCGGCAGCUCUGGUCCCUGGCAAACGGGUCAUUCAUCGUACAAAGCCGAAAUUACUUCCAAGGGCUUCGUCAAUGCCUGUGUCGAGGUGGGCAUCCCCUUCAAUUCCGACUUGAACACGCACCGCGGCAGCGAGGGUUGCACGCAGUUCACCACCUUCAUCGACCGUAACGGUCGACGCUCUUCUGCUGCCACCGCUUACCUGCCACUCGAGGUGCAGAAGCGUCCCAAUCUCACCAUCGGCAUCAACGUUAUGGUCAACCGCAUCAUCUUCGAUCGCACCGGUCCGCGUCCCAAGGCAAUCGCCGUCGAGAUGCAGAACAAGCCCGGCGGUCAGAAGUACUACGCUGCUGCCAAUCAGCGUGUCGUCCUCUGCGGUGGUGCCAUCAACUCACCCCAGACACUCAUGCUUUCGGGCGUCGGUCCAGCAGCGACGCUCAACAAGCACGGCAUCCCCGUCGUCGUCGACAACGUCCUGGUCGGAGAGCGCCUCAGCGAUCACCUUUGCCACAGCACCAUCAAUGUACGGGCCAAGACUGCCCACACGCUCGACUACCUUGGAAGCGAUAUCAAAGCCAUUCCUUCGCUCGCUCGCUGGUUGAUCACCGGCGGCGGUCCUGUUUCAAGCAAUGCUGGAGAGGCGGCUGCGUUUGUCAGAUGCAACGAUCAGUCGCUGCCUCUGGUCAGCUCGCUUACCAAGCCCGAGAACCGUCCGCAGUUCUUCGGCUCCCUCGGCAAAGGACCCGACAUUGAGCUCAUUUGCACGCCGCUCGCUUACAAUGAUCACGGUGCGCUGCCUGCCCCCGCUGGCACCGGUUGCGUCUCGAUCGUGGGUCUCAAUGUGCGACCGCGUUCCAAGGGCACCAUCUCGAUCCGAUCGGCUGACCCCUGGGACAAGGCGGUGGUCGACCCCAAGUACUUCUCCGACCCGGACGACAACGACCGAAAGGUGACGCUCGCUGGUGUGCGUUUGGCCAUUGCGGUUGCUCAGGCCAACGCUCUGCAGCCGUACCUCGAGAACUACAAGAGCGACGACGAGGACGAUUUCUUCUGGCCAACUUCGUCGACCGAUCCGAGCAAGUUGACAGAUGAUCAACUGAUGAACUUCAUGUGCAAGCGUGCUUUCACGCUCUAUCACCCGGUGGGCACGGUCAAGAUGGGCCCUGAUGCAGCGGAUUCGGUCGUCGACACAAAUUUGCACGUUCACGGUGCCGACGGACUGGUGGUGUGCGACGCGAGUAUCUUCCCAGAGCAGAUUUCGGGCCAUCCUACGGCCGCCGUCAUUGCUGUGGCGGAGAAGGCGGCUGAGCUGCUCAAGAACAUUGCGGCUGACAAGACGGCUUCGGGUAAUAUUUCGUCUCAUCUGUAG